UCAUCGCUAUAUUAAAAGAAAACUUAUAACUGAAAUACAAGAAGAAAAAGCAGUAUAGCAGUAUAGCACAUUGCAGAUUCUGGCAGCUUGGGAAAUGCGAUGCGGAGUCCAGCUACAAUCCCCCGACGCUCCUCACCCGAUCCAGACGUCACUAUCACAACCUCCAAAUCUGAGACUGUCAUAUUUAUACCUCGGUCCGGUCGUUCCUCAGCGUCCUCUACUCGCGCUAGGAAAUCUUCUUAUUGGAUUAGUUGGAGCAACAUCAAUAAACUAGGCGAAUACAUCAACCGACGAAACAAGGAUUCCUCCGAGCAUUCUAAUUUGACAGAGGAGGAUCUCGAUGCACAUAAUAAGUUACAUGGAAUACUUUCUCAAAGGGCUCAUGUCAACAAUUACAUUACUGGCAGUGUGGAUGAAAGGAACAGCAAGUGCAGUCCUUAUUACAAGGGACUUACUGAUUCAACCCUGUCUAUCAACCGCGAAAAGAAUAUGUCUGGAGCAGACAGUCCUGGACAUCAAAGCCACACAACUACUGUCGUUACUUCAGCUUCCAGCUCUCUUUUCUCUUUUUUAGGUCGAGUUCAAGAACUUGGUUCCAGCUGCUUCACUCGUAGAAAAACUGGCAACGAGGACCCCUCUCCUAUUGCUGCUGUUCCAAAAUCUUUUGAAGCACCUUCUCCGCAGGACAUGAAAUCAGAGACAAAGGAGGCCAGAUAUCCUCCUGAUGCACUAUUAGUUGUUAAGGAGAAGCCACUGAGGGAGAGAGUAUCAGAACCAUCUGCACCACCGACUGCGCCAACAAUCUUGCCAGCCAAAACUGCUGUUAACGAUGAGAAGAAAGAAGCCAAUAUGUACAAGGUGAAUCAAAAGUUCAUAUUCGCAGACAAAUACCGACCUAAAAAUUUAAAAGAUUUCAUUUGCAAUCGAAGUGAGGCCGCUCGGUUGCAGGCUCUGGUGAAAAGUGGAGGAUAUGAUCACGUUAUAUUUGAAGGACCUCCUGGCGUUGGGAAGAAAACCAUGAUCUCGGCUAUGCUUCGCGAAGCUUUCGGACCCGAUAGAGUUCAGACUAGGGACGAGUGCAAGGCAUUUGACUUGAAGGGUGAAAUUAUAGGAAGAAUCGAAGUCAAUGUGAAGGAAUCUUCCAAGCAUGUAGAAGUCAAUCUCUCGGAUCUAAGAGGAUACGAGAAGCAUGUAAUUGUGCAACUAAUGAAGGAAACACAAACCAAGACCUCUAAAUCUGAUAAAGCUUUGUUAUCCUACCCUGAAAACUGUAGAGCAAUUGUUCUCUGUGAAGCAGACAAGCUAAGCACAGAUGCCUUACUGUAUAUUAGAUGGCUGUUAGAAAGAUAUGAAGGGUACAACAAGGUUUUCUUCAGCUGUUCUGAUGCCUCAAAACUUCAGCCAAUUAGGUCACUUUGCACGCUCAUUCAGCUACUUCCGCCUUCAAAAGAAGAGGUUGUUGAAGUUCUGGAAUUUAUAGCUAAGCAAGAAGGCAUAAAUUUGCCACAUAAGUUCGCUGAAAAGAUAGCUGACAGCUCCAAGAAUAAUCUGCGUCAAGCCAUUCGUUCAUUCGAAGCCUGCUGGCAAUCAAGUUAUCCUUUCGAGGAAGACCAAAUACCAUUAACCGGAUGGGAAGAAGACAUUGCAAAUAUUGCCAAGAACAUAGUGGAGGAGCGAAGUCCAAAGCAGCUAUAUAUAAUCCGCGGAAAGCUUCAAAUUCUCAUAGAACAUGAUGUAUCUCCUGAAUUCAUAUUCAUGUCUUUGGUCGAAGAAGUGAAGAAGCAUUUGCACGAGAAUUUGCAUCCUCAAGUUGAUGCAUUAUAUGAUGAAUACAAUACGAAUGAUGAAGGCAUGAUUGAGAGUGAGGAUGAAAUGGCGACAAAGGUUAUCGAUCCGGUGAAAUACAAAAUGAGGAUUUUCUCAAGAAUCGAAGAGUUUAUAGCCAGAUUUAUGAGCUGGUACAAUAAUCAAUCAAGGAUGGCAAAUGCAGGCAACACGCCCUUUGGUGGUGAAGAGACUUCAUUCUUACUCUAG